AACUCCCUCGUCCUCGCCGAAAACUGUAACAUUCCUUCCCCCCCACCCCCCUGCCCCAUUCCUCCUUUAUGAGAAGAAAACUGGAUUGGAUGUAAUGCGUUUCCGUGGGGUCGGAAGAAACUCCUGCCUGCUGGAUCUGGUUUAGACGCCCCGGCAGAAAAGAAUGUUGACUUUGAAAGCUCAGGGAAGAAGCAGCAGCAGGGAGAAAACAGUAAUACAGUGUGCCUGAAAAUGACAACGAAGCGGAAUUUGUUUUUGCGGCUGGUGCCAUGCCGCUGUCUGCGUGGAGAGGAGGAAACUGUGACUACCCUUGAUUAUUCUCACUGCAGCCUGGAACAGGUGCCUAAGGAGAUUUUUACUUUUGAAAAGACCUUGGAAGAACUGUAUUUAGAUGCUAAUCAGAUUGAAGAGCUUCCAAAGCAACUUUUUAACUGUCAGUCUCUACACAAGCUGAGUUUGCCAGACAAUGAUCUAACCACACUGCCAGCAUCCAUUGCAAAUCUCAUUAAUCUCAGGGAACUGGAUGUCAGCAAGAAUGGCAUACAGGAGUUUCCAGAAAAUAUAAAAAACUGUAAAGUCUUGACAGUUGUUGAGGCAAGCGUAAAUCCUAUUUCAAAGCUUCCAGAUGGAUUUUCUCAACUGUUAAACUUAACACAGCUGUACCUGAAUGAUGCUUUCCUUGAGUUUUUGCCAGCCAAUUUUGGCAGAUUAACUAAACUCCAGAUAUUGGAACUUAGAGAAAACCAGUUGAAAAUAUUGCCAAAAACCAUGUCCAGACUGACUCAGUUGGAGAGACUGGACUUAGGAAGUAAUGAAUUCACAGAAGUGCCUGAAGUACUUGAACAACUGAGUGGGUUAAAGGAAUUUUGGAUGGACGGUAAUAGACUAACACUUAUUCCAGGGUUCGUAGGCACUUUGAAACAAUUGACCUACUUGGAUGUUUCUAAAAACAACAUUGAAGUAGUUGAAGAAGGUAUUUCAGGUUGUGAAAGCCUGCAAGACCUGCUGUUAUCCAGUAAUUCACUUCAGCAACUGCCAGAGUCUAUUGGUUCCCUGAAGAAAGUGACAACACUUAAAAUUGAUGAAAACCAGUUGAUUUAUUUGCCAGACUCCAUAGGAGGGUUAAUAUCAGUAGAAGAACUGGACUGUAGUUUCAAUGAGAUUGAAACAUUGCCUUCAUCUGUUGGGCAGCUCUCUAAUAUAAGAACGUUUGCUGCAGAUCAUAACUUUUUAACACAGCUGCCAUCAGAGAUUGGAAACUGGAAGCAUGUAACAGUAUUGUUUCUGCAUUCUAAUAAGCUUGAAUUUCUCCCUGAAGAAAUGGGUGAUAUGCAGAAAUUAAAAGUCAUCAAUUUGAGUGAUAAUAGACUGAAGAAUUUACCAUUUACGUUUACAAAACUGCAACAGCUCACUGCUAUGUGGCUAUCAGACAACCAGUCUAAACCACUUAUCCCUCUUCAAAAAGAAGCUGACCCUGACACACAGAAAACAGUGCUUACUAAUUACAUGUUCCCUCAGCAACCAAGGACUGAGGAUGUUAUGUUCAUAUCUGAUAAUGAAAGUUUCAAUCCGUCCUUGUGGGAGGAACAGCGGAAACAGCGUGCUCAGGUGGCAUUUGAGUGUGAUGAAGACAAAGAUGAGAGAGAGGCACCACCCCGGGAGGGCAAUCUGAAGAGAUACCCAACUCCAUAUCCUGAUGAACUGAAGAAUAUGGUCAAAACAGUCCAGACAAUUGUACACAGACUAAAGGAUGAAGAAUCUACUGAAGAUAUUGCCAAGGAGUCAAAACGAGAAGUCCAGGCAGUUUCUGUAAAAGAUGUGGGAGUAAAGACUUCAGAAAUCGGUUCAAUAAAGAACAAAGUAGAUGAGAGAAAACAAUACCCAGCAGGAAGCUCUGUGCAGAAGCCUAGUGAACCAGAAACUGAGCACAGCACUGCAAAUUCACAGAUAACUGCACUUGUUAAAACCUUGCAGAACACGAAAACAAUUGUCAACCAUGAAGACAUGCUUGAGCAGGAGUCAGAAGAACUCUCCUCUGAUGAAGAGAUGAAAAUGGCGGAAAUGCGACCACCACUGAUAGAAACCUCCAUAAACCAACCAAAAGUGGUAGCUCUUAGCAAUAACAAAAAAGAUGAUUCAAAAGAUACUGAUUCCUUAUCAGAUGAAGCUACCCACAAUAGCAAUCAGAAUAACAGCAACUGUUCCUCUCCUUCUCGAAUGUCAGAUUCUGUUUCCUUAAAUACCGACAGUAGCCAAGAUAUUUCUCUCUGUUCUCCUGACAAAGAAACACAUGCUGCUGUUUUGUCCAAGAUCAGACAAGAAGAUGAAAAUUUGAAUCUUUUGCAAAAUGGAGGAGAAUUGAGCAUUACAGUAAAAGAAAAACUAAAUGUGCAAGAGAAGGUUUCAAAUUCGUCUGAAUAUGGAUUAAGCAUUGGAGAAAGAUUAGGCCUGAUAGGAAAAGGUGUUGAUCUAAGCACUCCUAUGGAGGAGUCUCGCAAAUUAGACCAAAUAAACAUGAAUAUCAAUAAACUGGCUAGUGAAGAGGCAGUUCCAGUUCCUGUAGAAAGGUUAGAAUCACAGAAAAUGGUUUCGGUGAUGGGCACUUUGAAUAACAACACAAAAGAAGAAAGUGAGCACUUGGAAAAUGGAAAUAAAUAUCCUAUAAAUAAAGUAAACGGACAUCCUGAGGAAACAGAGUCUCCCAGUAAAGACAAGCUAGUGAAAAGCACUACAGUUGAUGGUGAUGCUGCUGAGCUGUCUGUUUCAAGAAGCACUGAAGAUUUGUCCCCACAGAAAAGCGGUCCUGUGAUGAAAUCUCACAGCAUCACCAGUAUGGACACAGAUAUGAAAAUCUAUGAUAUUGUAAAUGAGAAUGGAUCUCAACAGUCAAAUUCAGUGGUAAAAUCACCAUCUGAUACUGCAGAUGGAAAAAACAUAGUCCGAAGUAAAUCUGCUACUCUUCUGUACGAUCAGCCUUUGCAGGUUUUUCCUGCGUCAUCGUCAUCAUCUGAUUUAGUAUCUUCUACAAAAACUGUAUUCAAGUUUGACUCAAAUCACAAUCCUGAAGGUGCUAAUGUAGUGAGAGGAUCAGCGACAGGUGGUGCACAGAUGCUCUGCACUCCUCCCCAGUAUAAUAUUCAGUAUAGCAGCAGUGCAGCAGCAAAAGAUGCCCUGUGGCCCCAGAAACAAAACUCCCAAGUAGAACAAAGCAGCUUACCUCCUUCACGUCUGCUUAGGUCUGACAGUACAGAAACUCCCAGCUAUGUAAAGCAUUCUGCCAACAUGAAUUUCUCCAAUCAUAACAAUGUCCGAGCCAGUGCUGUGUACAACACUCACCAGCGGAUGGCUGGGAGACAUAUGGAUAUGUGGGCUGUCCCACCUAAUGACAGACUGCUCCCAGGAACAACUAGACACACUCUCCAAAGGCAGAGCAGUGUAUCUUCUACAGCUUCCAUAAAUGUUGGGGAUAGUGGACCUUCCAGGCGGGCUCAAGUUACUGAAGGGGACUAUUUAACAUACAGAGAUUUACAUUCGAUGGGAAGAGGUCCACCAGUAAUGUCAGGGCAGCAGAGACCCCUUUCUGCCCGAACAUACAGCAUUGAUGGCCCAAAUGUAACCCGGCCACAGAGUGCUCGGCCCUCGGUGAACGAAAUACCAGAAAGAACUAUGUCAGUCAGUGACUUCAAUUACUCACGGACUAGCCCUUCGAAGAGGUCAAACCCAAGGGUUAACUCCGAGCACUCACUGUUAGACCCUGCAGGAAAAAGUAAAGUCCCUCAUGACUGGAGGGAACAGGUGCUGCGACAUAUCGAGGCUAAGAAGCUAGAAAAGCAUCCCCAGGCAUCUACUCCAGGAGACCAAUGCCAGGAUGAAGUAUUUGUUUCAGGACAGCAGAAUUACUCAUCUGCUACGCUUAGUCUCAAAGAUGUUCCUUCAGACACCAUGAAGAAAAUAGCUGUUCAGAUGCCUUUGACAAAUGGACAAAUGUGCCAGCCUCAGAGACUUCAGGCAAACUACAGCCAAGUCCAUCAUCUCCCUUCUCAAUCAUCAGUAGCGAGACAUCCAUCUAGAGAGCAAUUAAUUGAUUAUCUGAUGUUGAAAGUUGCCCAUCAGCCUCCCUAUACCCAAUCCCAGUGUUCUCCCAGACAAAGCCAUGAGUUGGCAAAGCAAGAGAUUCGAGUGAGAAUUGACAAGGAUCCAGAACUUGGAUUUAGUAUAUCAGGAGGAGUUGGUGGCAGAGGGAAUCCAUUCAGACCAGAAGAUGAUGGAAUAUUUGUAACGAGAGUGCAGCCAGAUGGACCGGCAUCUAAGUUCCUGCAGCCUGGGGAUAAAAUAAUUCAGGCUAAUGGCUACAGCUUCAUCAAUAUUGAUCAUGGACAAGCUGUAUCUUUGCUAAAGACUUUUCAGAAUGCAGUGGAACUCAUCAUUGUACGAGAAGUUUCUUCAUAAGUACCUUUGAUUGUGGGGAUAAGCCAACAGGAAUCAUUGAAGGACUUAGGAGAAACAAUAUUUUGCAUAUUUUUAUACAUUAAAAGAACUCGAAUUAUGAUCAAAAUUUGUACAGGAAAUACUGAGCUCGUGGUUAAAGAGGGAAAAACCACUGUAUAGAACAGACAAGAAAUAAUUUUAGAAAUGCGUAUGGUGAAUAAACUUGUUUUUAAGCAUUAUAGCAAUCUAAGGAUCACUCCUCCAAGAACAAACCUGUGUUGUUUUUUUGUACAAAUGGUAGGUUUAUUUUUGGAUAAUUCAUACACAUUACUAAACUUUGUGCAAGGCCUUGCGAAGCCUCAGUUGUAGCCAAUGGACAGAUGGCAGGGCUGUCUGUCCUGUAGCUGUUUAUUGCCUUUAUUUUUAUUCACCAGAUAUUAAUGUGUUACGCUGAACCACUUCUGUAGAUAUGAAUGGGGAUAUGAAGUGUUGGCUUUGCUAUGUGCACAUUGUAUAGAUGAAUGGGUAGAUGGAAGGUGGUGCUGAUUGGACAGAAUAAAGGUCAGAUGGAAUAAUUAUCUGCUAUCUAAAUCUGGAAUCAGGAAAGAAGAAAAAGUGUUUAGUUCUGGAGUGUACAUCUACCAAUAGAAAAUGCAAUAAAAGCUUAUGGUGUUUUUUUAGGAAGACUAUAACUACAAAUUUGUGAUAUUAUAGAGGAUUUGUUCUUAAUGUAGUUAUAAAAUACUCAUUUGCCACAUGUGAUUUAUGUUUAGUUAGGUUUUCUUGCAUACAUAAUUUUUUCAACAGUACUGUGGAAAUGUGCCCAGAGAUUUUUCUCUGCCAUAGAAAUCCUGAAUUUUGUGGAAAUGGCGAUACUUCUAUCUUUAUAAACAGGACUCCAUUUUAAGCGUAUAGAUUUUAAAAAUGAAACUGAAAUGGCCAGUUUUUAAGGUUGUUGCCUGUAAUAUAUAUUUAAACAGACACAAAAGCAAAUGGUGCAGGAAGGAUUAUGAAAGACAUCGUGAUUUUGUUUGGCCUUUGCACUGCGUUGUUAAUCAAAAAAGAAACCAUACGCAUGGAGCUAGGCAACCAAAGCAAGUUUGUGAAACUUUGAGCAGUGGUGGUGAAUUGCUGUGGUGAAAUGGAAAGCAAAGGGAGGAUGUACUUAGAACCCACCAGCUGGUAAUGAGGUUUCUUAAAGGGCUGUUCCUACAGGUAACAUUAAAUGUGAACUAGACACUUCAGAGUCAUUAAAGGGUUUCUAACUACAUUAAUGUAAUAGUGAUUUACCACAGGCUGCCUUUGUUCCUUAUUACUGUAUAAAAUCUUCAAUUAUGCUUCUAUUAAUUUUGUUUACCAGAAACAUUAUCUUUCUCCUUUGUAAUUGAAUAGAGACUGCAUAACCUGCAGUGAUAAUUCAUACGGUUGUUAUGGACCAGGGAAAAGUGCCAUAGUAGACCGAUAACUGUUUUUAACCAGGGCUAAUGAUUAGCCAUCAUUAGAGCAAUAUUAAGUUAUUGCAGUUCCUUUUUAAUUACAUACAAAUUGGUAGUUUGAGACAGGUAUAAUCGCUUUUUUCAACCCAAAAAGUAAAUGCUUUUAAUAAAGAUAGCAAAAACACCAGCUUCCUUUACUUUUGGGACAAUGAGCUGGAAGAGAGAGAAAUUAUACAUAGCUAGCGGUAAUAAACAGGCAGUACUUUUUUAAUAAGUUCAAUAUUAUUGCACUUCUUUCAAAGAUGUUAACUAUUGCUUAUUGUACUGUGUAUAGUUCUAAUAAUUUUAAUUGAAACCCUUUAACAACUCUUUGUAUAUUUUAAUUCUUUUUAUUUGAUUUUCAGUAAUAUUUACAUAGAAAAUGAUUUUUUGGAUAUAUUAGUAGAAAUGUGCUGUAUUUUGAUAAAAUUCACUUAUUUUCUGUGUGCUGGUAAUCUUCAAAGAAAAGAAUGAGAAACAUAGCUCUAUAAUGGCAGGCUUCAGUGUUCCGCUUCUAAGAUGUGUUUAGUUGUUGUUUAGUUUCUAUUUUUUUAUUGAAAAUGCAAAAUGUUUGCAUCACAUGUUCAUUAUUUUUAAUCAUGUUAUUUUAUCACACACUGCCUUUUGAUGGGGAUACAUACGGACAAGUCCUAAAUUACUUUGGUCUUCUACAAAACCUGUAUCUUUGAGAAGGGAAAAGUCCAAAAAGCAGAACUGAUUCUUUACUGAUCUUGGACUGACUUUGUAUACAUUUUGCAGUACAUUUAAAUAUGCCACUGAGAAAUUAUACUGUAUUGUAUUUUGCUUUAAUGGUAACAGAAGUUUUAAAUGUUGUUGUGUCACUUAAUUUUCAGGUUUAUGUAUCACAGGAAAAUUCUACCAAAAACUGUUUUGCUGUGGUAGAACUAUGUAAGUAGAGAUUUAUAUCAAGAGGUUUAGUACUUCCUGUGAAUAUACUUGGCCAAAGCUUGUCUUCCGUCAGUUAGCAAAUAACCGUCUAAUAAAACAUGAAUUUUGCUGAUUUUACUCAGUAAAUGUUCGAGUUUUCACUGGAUUGAAAUGUGUUUUUGUCAGUGUCAAUGUGUGAAGGUAAACAUGUCAAACUAAAUGAUUUUACAAAGAGUGGGAGAAAAAUGUCUCCUGAACUAGUCCAGCCGUGAUUCAGCAGGAGGAGAGACAAUAUCAGCACUUUUCAUUUUGAAUGCAUCAUAAACUACAUUUUGGAUAGAAUAAAAUCCAUCAGCAGCCUAAGUUACUCAGCAAGGCAACGAGUUCAUGCAAACUCUCUUAAUUCUUUCUAUUCCUAAUAAUUCGUUAAAGAAUCAGUUCAACUGAUGUAAUGAAAAAAUGAAGUCUCCCACGUAUUUAUUAUGUAAAUAUUUUUUAGUUUCUUUUUUCAACUGGAGUUAAAAAAGUGUGUAUAUACUUGAAAGCAUUCUAUGAACACAAACAUAGCAAUAAGAAACACACAGAAUCAAACAUUUUUUGUUUAGAACUAUUCCCUUGUCAACAGCUAUGUAAUGUUUCUAUUGAUCAGCAUUUAUUCAACAUUCCAAAUUUUUGUAUAUAAUUAGACUGUUUCUGAGGUAAUACAUGGAGAAUAGAUAAUAAACUAAUGCUCUUUAAA